UGCUCAUCGACUCUAGGUUCAUCACUGCAGCGACUUGAGCGCAUUCAAUCAAAUCAACAGCCCAGCAGCAUCUCAUCGAAAUAUUCACUAAGAAAGAAAGAAAAGUCGAGUAAAAAAAUAAAACACUACUUUUGAGAUUGAACCGUAUCUAUCAGGCUGCAAACCUGGCCACUUUACCGACUGCCACCAGCAAAAAUAUUGUAAUCUUUGUCCUAAUCAGAAAAUGGCGUCCGUUUUGGACGAGGAAGAGCAUCAGACGGCGUACAUUUUUACUCCCCUGGAGGAAGCCGCAGCAGCAAGCAGCGCACCCCGGCCGCCCAAACGACGAAAAGUCGAAUCGGCGGCGGCGGCAUCAGGCACACAGGACCAGGACGGUGCUGCCACCGCACCGCCCAACGGCGACGUCAACGCUCCAGCCUCUCUGUUCGUCCCGCUCCUCGGCGGCGCAGAACCCGCCGAGUGCGUGGCGGCCCGCGCGGCGCUCUUCGAGGCCAGCUGGGCGCGCGUCGACGGUGCCGUGCAGCGGGUUCUGCGCAAGGCGAACGCGUCAACACUAGAGCAGGUGUGUGGGUUUGUCGACCAGCACAGCGGUGCCGGCAGCAGCAGCGACGACGACGGGAUCCCGGCUGCGUUCAUCGUGACGGGGCCAAACGUCUCGUCGCAGGACCUUUUAUUCUCGCAGCUGGACGAGCGGCUACGCGCUGACGGCGGCGGGGCGGGCUUCGUGCGUGUUGGUUCCGGUGAGGCGGCGAACCUCAAGGCCGUGCUCAAGAAGAUCAUCCGCGGCGUGUGUGCGUGCAGGGCUGGGGAAGGGGAUGCCGGGGAUGAUUUGGAGCUUGCGACGUCGUCGUCCUCGCGGAGAAAGUACCUCGACUAUGACCUCGAGGCGCUGCACGUGUUUCUCAAGUCGAACCACCAGGACAACUCGGCCACCCCCGGCGGGAGGAACAGCAGGCGCGUCUGCGUAGCCUUUGAGGACAGCGAGGGUUUCGACAGCGGCCUGCUGUCGGACCUGAUUGCGCUCAUGAGCUCGUGGCGCGACCGCAUCCGCUUCGUGCUGCUGUUUGGCGUCGGCACCUCGGUCGAGCUGCUGCAGGCCCGGCUGUUGCGCUCGACGCACCGGCAGCUCCGCGGCGCGCAGUUCGACGUCGUCGGCACCUCCACCAUCCUCGAUCAGGUCGUCAGGGCGUGCCUCGAGCAGGCGGACGAAGGUGUGGUGCUCGGCCCGGCGUUCCUGGCUGCGCUGCUUGAGAGGCAGGUGGAGCAUGUUGCGAGCGUGCAGAUGUUUGUCAAUUCUGUCAAGUUUGCCUACAUGUGUCACUUCUACGCAAACCCUUUGAGCUUUCUCCUAGCGGAUGGACAGGAACACCUCAUUCGGCCUGAGCAUGUAGAGGCAGUUCGCAACCUGGGCUCAUUUCGUGACGAGGUCGAAGACGCAGUGGAUGAGGGUGGCUCUCAGCUUGCCCAUGCACGCUCGCUUCUAGAGGACGAGAACUACAUUCGUACCCAUAUUCAAGAGCAUAUGGCCAAACGGAGGGCAUGGGUGAGGAAGCUGUCUCGGUCUUUGCAGCUCAUCGUUGAUGGGGGCUUGACUGCUACUGAAUUCACGUCUUUGUAUGUAUCUGCUGUGGCUAAUGGUCUAGACCUGGCAGCGAGACAGAUUGGUGUCAUUGAUACCAUCAGGGCCAUGUCUCCAGAGGAGUUGAUAGCUGCUCUGGAAAAGCUCACAAGUCUCGUCAAGGCCGAGGUCGCCGAUGGAGCCCAGACUAGCGACAAUGAGGGCGCCGCUGCCGAAUCAUCUGCUGCACUAUUCAUACAAAGCCUGGACACUAUUCGCAGCUUACAGGCACGCGCGGAGGACAAUGAUACGACGCUGCGGAGCAAGUACAGCACCCAGGGAAGAAUAUUAAGAACGACAGUUGUGGCCCAAAAGGUGCAGCUAAGCCGCGACAGUGCCGCGCUGACAGAGGACGACAAAGAAUACAGCGACGUGAUGGACCGGCUGACAGAUCAUCUCGUGGCUGUCCUCUCGUGCCAAGCCGCUGACGAGCUCUUUCUCCACGAGGCCUGGCUCUACGACUCGGAAUCUCCCCACGGCGCCGUCUUUGUGCCCACGCCAGGCGUCACCACCGAGAGGGCGCUCGCCAGGCCCCACGACUACCUCUCCUGCUCCUGCUGCCCUGCCAAUGGUGGGCUUGCCCCGACCCUGCCCGCCGCCUCGAUCCUCUACCACCUGUACCAGGAGGCCGGACCUCUGGUCAACGUGGCCGAUCUCUGGACUGCGUUUUCUGCGCUCGUCGUCGGGGAAGAGGAAGAUGCUGAGGACGACGAGGGCAAGGGCAAGGAGCGCAAUGCUUUGGUGCUCUUCUAUCGCGGCCUUGCCGAGCUGCGUGCGAUGGGCUUUGUUCAGUCGACCAAGAAAAAGGAAGAUCACAUUGCGAAGCUCAAGUGGCUUUGAGGAAGGGUUCUGCGCGUAUGAGGCCUUUUUUUGGGGAGGUGUUUUUACCAGUAAAUCGCCAGCUCACGGUUUGAAGCUUUGUUAGUUCUUAAGUUGUCUGCUUCGAGUUACUAAUCUCGAGGGUUGCUUUGUGGAGAAGCGAAUGACCUUGAACGACAAAGGGUAUCUGCCACUGGUUAACCGGAAAUACACCCCAAGCAGCAAAUCGGGUUUUACCUACUCUCUCUUUUUUUUUCUGUUAGUGGCGUAUCUCUCGCCUACUUUUCUUGCUGGGGCUGGAACCUGUUGUUUAGUGUCUCAUCUUAGUGCGGGUUCGGUCAAAGGACCAAAAAGACAAACAAACGAAAUAGAAGACGUCAAAGGAGGUGCUAACCCGCAAACGCCUUCAAUGGCGCCUAAUUCUAUCUAGUUCCAAUGCUAGUCACCACCAAAUAAAACAGACGACUGGUCUGUUCGUGGAAGCCGGGGAUUAAGUCACAGAAAAGGGGAAAGAGGACGGAAGGGGAAAAAAGGACACAGAUCACUCACAUGUCCAAGUUCAGAAAAAAAUAAAGCUGUUCCUGUCAAAGAAAGUCCGGAACAGUCAGCGUCGACAAUGAGUGGUUUUGACCACCUGCUCACACACUCCCACAGCAACACAAGAAAAGCAGGCAUUUCUCGAUAGUCGGGUGGGAACAAAAGAAUGGAAAUAUUUACAAGAGUCUCUAGGCCGGAUAUAUUUUGAGCGUGUUUGUUGCUUCAUCGCUUCCGGUCGAACCCGGUUUUCGUCUUUCUCUGCCGCAUCUGAAUCAAACACUGUCGCUUUCAUUCUACUCUUUUUUUCUUCUUUCUCUCUUUGCCUCUUCUUGCUGCUUUUCUCUACUAUCGUCCUUCUCUUUCUUCUUAUUCCAUCUCAUAUAAUCUUCUUGACUCGGCUUUUUCUGAGCAUCGA